AUGGCCAUCGACAAGAAGAGGAAACGUUCCGAGGGACAGGGAAAGCGCCCCAAAGCACACAAUGCCGGCUCCAAGCGUCAAAAGUCAAAUGCCGGAAAGCGCGUGACGAGCGUUGAUUCGCUGGCAUGGAAGACGGUCGAGCUGCCCGAAAUGUAUGAUGAUGCCGAGGGCUUCUACGGCCUGGAGGAGGUGGAGGGCGUUGAGAUUGUGCGGGAUGGCGACACUGUAAAGUUUAUGGCUGCUGUUACUGCCGAGUCGGAUGCCAGUGAAGAGUUUGGGGGGUUCGAUGAUGCGCCAGAAGAAGCCGAUGGAGCUUUAGGGGAAAGCCCUACAGAGUCUACGGAGCAGACGGCACCCGUAACUCUAAACAAGGAGUCCAAAAAAAAGAAAAAGGGUUCCAAGGGUGAGGAGAAGACUGCGCCAAAACCCGACGCCAAGGAUCAAAAGAAGGAGAAAGAGAAGAAAGAAAAGAAGGAAAAGAAGGGCGCCAAGGUCGAGCAGGCCAAGGAGGACACUGAACUUGAAGCCAACGUCUUCGCCCAGGCCGCUGACCUCGCCGAAGCCGAGGCUGAGGACAACGACAUCGACAUGUCCCAGUGGGUCCCGCUUGACCUUUCCCCCCAGAUCCUGUCGUCUAUCGCACGCCUCAAGUUCGCCAAACCGACCGCGAUUCAAGCCAGAGCUAUUCCCCAAAUCAUGAACGGCCAUGAUGUUGUUGGGAAAGCAGCAACAGGCUCUGGAAAAACGCUAGCUUUUGGGAUUCCUAUCGUGGAGAGCUGGUUGGCCAAGAGAGCCGAGAACCAGACUGCCGAGAAGAAGGGGCCGAUCGCCAUGAUUCUUUCGCCGACUCGAGAACUCGCCCACCAAAUCUGCGAUCAUCUCAAGUUGCUCUGCGCCGGGCUCACCACCGGCCCCUACAUUUGUUCAGUGACCGGUGGCCUAGCGGUGCAGAAGCAGCAACGUCAGUUGGAGAGGGCCGACAUCGUGGUCGGAACGCCAGGUAGAAUGUGGGAGUUGAUGAGUUCAAGCAACUCUGUGCUCGGGUCACUCAGGGGUAUCGACUUUCUGGUUGUUGAUGAGGCGGAUCGGCUUCUCAAAGACGGCCACUUCAAGGACGCCGAAGAGAUUCUGAAGGCGAUAGACCGGACCGUGCCAGGGGAGGAAGCCGAUGGCGAUUCCGACGACGAGGCGCCGCGGCAUCACCGCCAAACACUCGUUUUCUCGGCCACUUUCAACAAGAACCUGCAGCAAAAGCUGGCCGGGAAAGCUCGUUUUAACCUUACCAGCGACACCGAAUCGCUAGAGUAUCUCCUGAAGAAGCUCAAUUUCCGAGAGGAGCGCCCCAAGUUUGUCGACACCAAUCCCAUUUCCCAGAUGGCCGAGAAUCUCAAAGAAGGCCUGAUUCAAUGCGCAACCGACGUCGCCGCGCGCGGGCUCGACAUCCCCAACAUCGACCUCGUCAUCCACUACCACGUACCACGGUCCGCCGACGACUACGUGCACCGGUCGGGCCGCACGGCGCGCGCCAGCACGUCGGGCAUCUCCAUCCUGCUGUGCGGGCCCAAAGAGGCGGUACCGACACAGCGCCUGAUCGCCAAGGUCCACGCCGCCGCCGCCGUCAACUCGUCGCGCGCGCAGCUCGCCAGCGCCGGCGUCGGCGUCCAUACCAUCGAUAUCGACCGCCGUCUGGUCUCGCACCUGCGUCCGCGCGUGGGGCUGGCGAAGAAGAUUACCGAGACGGGGAUUGCCAAGGAGAAGGGAGCGAAGGAGGAUGAUUGGAUGAGGAAUGCCGCGGAGGAGCUGGGGGUCGAGUUUAAUGCCGAGGAGCUGGAGGCUGCGGGGUUGUGGAAGGGGAAGGGCAGUGGCAAGAAGUUGAGGGAGAAGGAGGCGCGCGCGGUGACCAAGGCUGAGGUUAAGCAGUGGCGCUGGGAGUUGAAGGAGCUGCUUGCGAAGAGGGUUAAUACCGGCCCACGCCGUGAACUCCUCUCCUCCCCUCCGCCACCUUCUUCCAUCCCACCCCCCUCGCUCUCGCUAGCACCCGUACCCGUACCCGUACCCAUGUCCAUGCCCAUGUGCGUGCCCACGCUCAUUCUCAUGUCCCUAGUGGGGUCAUAUCGUAUCUCUGACCUGAUAUCGCCCGAGAGGCUGUGCGAGCGCGAGUAUGCGCGUGGCGGGGGCGUCGGGUCGGGGGAAUGCCAGAAGUCGGCUGGUGUGGGGUGGUCGCUGUUUUGGGGGUGGUUGUGGUGGCCGUCGUGGAGAAGUGCCCUGCAGCUGGGGGGGAUGCAAUCGCCGGGGCAGAAGGGACAGGGUGGUUGUGGUGGUGGUGGUGGUGGGGGUGGCGGCUGGUUUGUUAUGGUUGUGGUGGUGGUGGUGGUGGUGGUGGUGGUGGAGUUGUGUCGCUGGGAGCGCAGCCAUUUGGUGGCGGUUGUGAGGGUGCGUCGCCCGGGUCGUUUUCCCGAGGGACUGGGGCUGGUGGUGUCUGGGGUGGAGCUGCUGGUGGUGUGGGUGGUUUCGGAACUGGGGGGUGAUGUUGGUGGUGGUGGUUGUGCGAGCUCCGUGGUGGCGUCCUUGCCUGCCUCCUCGGCGAGGUGUUCCCACAGUGAGAGGGCUACCUCCUCGUGGAUGACCGGGACUUGGAUGAGGCGCCGGCAUGCGCGUAAGCCCUCGGAGCGAGAAAGCUGGCCGAUGGCAUGCAGAGAUGGAAGCGUCAGCUGGCAGUCGAUCGUGAUGUCGUUGGCAUGGUGGGCCCAGUGUUCGUUGACAAAUGCCCGGAUCACCUCGUCGGCUUCCCAGAUGGAAGCCCGGGUGGCCUCGUUCGCUUCCCAGAUAGCGUCCAGCUCUGAAAGCGUAGGCUCUGAUUUCUUGCUUGAGGACGAUUUGAAGGUUGUGUUGCUGGAGGAUGAGGCAAUCGAACCCCGGGACGCGGCGCUGGAUGACAGGGAACGGGAGAACCGUCUGAGGCCGGGAGUGGACUCUGACAUCGAUAACGAAAGGGAGUUUCGUAGAUAG